CGCACUUUUCGUCUUGGCGGCAAAAGGUCUUGUGCACCCCCCUCCUCUGCAAAAAAGGGAUAUAAAACCGUCCGAGGAUUCCGCGUCGGAUUCACUCAGCAUUGAGUGCCCUUGGGGUGGGCUUUUCACGCCGCCAUAGGGUUUUCCAAGAUAGACGCUGUGAAAAUGCUUGGUAGCCAUCAGCGUCCUCGAGGCUCAGAAUCUUCCCGAUACCCUAUAUAUGUCUGUAGAUCCCACGGCGUGGGUUCAAAGACAUUUUAUUUCUCGAGCUACCUUGAUACCCUCGAGGCACCACCGAAGAGGAGUGCCUAUUAAACAUACCGGAACAAGUCUGAGACCUGCGUGGAAACGAGUGAAAUAUCUCACUUUCAUGCCCGCAAUCGAUGCCGAUAAUAUAAAAGUGUGCCAAGACAAUGUCCAGCGGCUUCAACGACAGAAUGAACAUCCUUACACUCGUUCUUUUGUUUGCCCCUAUUCUCUUCUCCCAUGCCCUCUAUGCCCCGUUACGCGAAUAUGCAGGGCAGAGCUUCUUUUCUGGGUGGGACUUUCCAGGAAAUUACGAUAAUACCACUUCGGGGAACGUCGCGUUUGUUGACGGGACUACUGCGUCCACGGCCAAACUAGCAUACGUCAAUGAUGCUGGUAACGCUAUCAUAAGAGUGGAUAAUUUUACCGAUGUCACUGGUACUGGAAUCAUUUAUCGCGACUCGGUCAAGUUGAUAUCUACGGAUCUCUAUCCGUUGGGAAGCCUCAUCAUAAUAGACAUUAUUCACAUGCCGUAUGGAUGUUCGGCACGUUUGAUACAAAUUCUUGUUUGGCCGUCGUUCUGGACCUUCGGAGGCACCGACAAGGACUGGCCUAUGUAUGGGGAGAUCGACAUCGUCGAAGGUAUUAACCUCAAUACGAACAACCAAGUGGCACUUCACCACAAUGAUCCGUCCUGCGUGCAGCCCCCAGACCCUGGACAGAGCGGACAAACUCUCACUGCAGAUUGCAGCGACCAAGGAGGUUCCAUUGGGUGCCGUGUCAGUGAAACUAAGCCAAACAGUUAUGGGGAGGGAUUUAACCAGAACGGUGGAGGAGUCUUCACGUUGCAAUUCGAUGCGUCGGGAGCGUAUAUUUGGUUCUGGCCGAGACAAGAUAUACCUGCGUCCAUCACCUCUGCUACGUCGACGUCGAACAUGGAUAUGACAGACUGGGGCUUACCAUCGGCUUCUUUUCCAUCUAGUGGAUGUGAUCUUCAAACACUAUUCAAACCGCAGAAGCUGAUUCUAGAUAUCACACUUUGUGGCAAUUGGGCUGGGGUGCCUUCCAUAUUCAGUACCCAGUGCUCCGGACAGUGCGUGGAAAAUUAUGUCAUAGGUCCGGGCAGCCCAACAUAUGACGAUGCGUGGUUCGAGAUACCCUAUCUUAGGACGUAUACUACUGUCGCCGGCAAUGUCACUUCGUCGAGUAUUACCGGAACAACCACUCAUGUGACGACGAGUACUUCCAGUUUAGCAUCUGCAUCUGCCACGUUUUCAGGACGCUCUUGUUCCGCCAUUCCUUGGGUUUUCGCAGGGUCUUUGCUUGGUCUCGUCUUUCUGGGCAUCGUGUAGCGAUAGAGUUCCUUAGGCUUGACUUUAAUAUGAUGAUACCCCUCAUACUCACGUUGAUAGAAAACGGUGACUGCCAAUAAACACUUUC